AUGGCAGCAAACUUUGAUUGGAAUACUAUUCCUGGGAUUACGGAUAACCCGGCUGCCUCUCCUGUUCAGACGGACCAUUUUGACGAUUUUUUCAAUAGUCAACUGAAACAAAACCAAAACCAGAAUUUCAGUUCUCAGUCAUUGACUUCUACUGUACAUACGGCAGAGCAAACUUUAUACACAAACCUCUUACAUUCGAACAAACAGGAUUCAGAUAUUUCUGAUGCGUUAAGCCAAAUGAAAAUAUCACCCAAAAAUAAAUCUUAUAGUGAUGAUGCGUUGGACAAUUUGAAAGCAGUGACAUCAUCAUCACCAUCAGAGCUGAAGCCAAGUCAUUUAAAUAACGUAAUGGAGCACGUGAAACAUUCCAGUAGUGCAGACACUGUAAUUCCCGAAAAUGAUAGUUCUGUGCCAUUGUCACUAGCAAUUACUGACAUGGAACCUAAAGAGUUGAAAACUUAUUUAAGAUGGUACGAGGAUAUUCGAACCAGGAAAAUCAAUUCGAAAGAUGUUACAAUUGAAGAUGUGUUUUCAUUUCUACAGAACUUCAAAAUUCCUGACAGUAUCAAGGAGAGACUAAAAUCAUCAUUUUCCAAAUGGGCUCAUUCUUUAAAUAUUGGACAGUUUUUUGCUUUGAUGAGGCUUUUGGCGCAUUCUUUACAUGGGGAAAUUUUGACUAGGUCUUUGGUAAGACGAGUUGCACCGAUUCCCUCGCCGGUUCCUAUACUGACCAAAAAGAGGAAAGUGGAAUUGACUGAUGAUUCAGACAUUUUUGAUGAACAGAAUAAAGGGGUCAAGAAGAAAUUAGAUAUAGAUUCUUUUACUGAAUUCCUGUUGACGGGAGAAAGACCUGUGCUUAGAACUGGGAAAACUAAGGACAAAAAAGUUAAGUUCUCGGAUGUUUUAGUAUAUUCUUCCUCUGAGAAGGAUAGUGCACUAGAAAGUAACUUAGUGGAAAGUGCUACGCAUUCAUCCACACAUUCUUUGGAUUUUUCUUUGCCGAUGAAUCAACUGCUAGACAAAAUCAAGGGAGUCACCAAUGAAGUACCACAUAACACUGCAGAGCAAGCAGCGCAACCUUUGUCUCAAUCUGUGGAGAAUGAGGAGGAUAUCUUACGAGACGUGAAGACAGAUACCUUUAAGAAAGUCACAGAAAGAGUAGUAGCUCAAGAUGAGAAUGAUGGAUUGACCCCCUUAAAACCAAAUUUAACAGGUAGUGCAUCUAAAUCUAUGAGGGAGCAUUUUAUGCAGCAAUUUGAGAAAACAUUCAACUACAAUAGUACCAACGGUUCCUUUAACGCGCCAUAUACUGAUAUAUCUUCUCUCUCUGCGCAAUCACAAGACCCACCAGCAAUGUCGAACACUUUGGCAGCUCUAACGGCAAACCAAAACUCUUCAAACCCAACAUCUCUCACACAGAAAAACUCACCAGUUCAAUUUCCUCAUACUUUGAAUGCAGCAUCUCCAAAUAUCCAAAAUCUAUUUUCUGGUCAGCCUAACAAUCCUUCACCACAGAUACAAUACACCAACCCACAAAACAAUACCACGUUGGCUGACUUCAGUCAGGAAAAACAACAGGCUGAUUAUUUUGGAAUGAUUUCACAUAAUAAUCAUAGUGUAGGUCUACAGUUUAUGGGUGAUAUCAAUGGCAACAGGGGGAGUAUUUCUAAUGCCAAUAAUAAUAUCAGUUCCAACAAUGAUACAAACAACAAUACUAAAAAUGAUAGUAACAAAAAUACAAACUUUGUUACUUUACCGCAGCCACCUACAAUAACACGUUCAAGGGCAUCCAGUACUGCAUCACCACCACCAAUACCACCACCGCCACCUAGAUCUAGGAAGUCAUCCAGGGCAAGUGCAGCAAUGUCUAAUAUACCUCCGCCAUCAGCAGCAGCAACUUCGCCUUCCUUAGCAUCGAAUAUGAACCCAGCUUUACCACCGAAACCCAUGUUGAAUGACACUCAGAGAAAACAAUAUUUGUCCGUAACUGAUGAAGUUUCCAGACCCUUCAACAGCACCAGCCCUUUGGGUAACUGUGCUCAUUUGAACCAGUAUGGCAGCACUGUUGCUCUAUCUAGCGUUAAUCUGAUGCAAGAUAACAGCCCAUCGCCUCUUAAUGGGAUGGGCAUUCAGAACUUACAAAUCAAUGGGCUUUCUGAUGCAAAUACACAAAAUGGAACGGGCAAUCAACAACUUCAAACGGCACGCCUCAAUGGAUCUAAUCAAGGAUACCCGCAAUACCAUGGCAAUGUUGGAAGUGGAGUUUAUCAAAUGAACGGUGCAAUACCAGUACGAAACGCCUCGUUCAAUACUCAGAACAUUUUUAUGAACCAAGCUACGGGUGGUGGAUGGGCGCCAUCGCAGUACCUGACCACAACCAAUCCUCAACAACAUCAACAGCAACAGCAACAGCAACAACGGCCACAAAAUACAGGGAACUGGUCUGGUUGGCAAAUAUAA